AUGGCUGCACCGUCCAUCGUCCUCAUCGGGAACCUUGUAGCCAUGGGGUCACCGCUAGGCUUGCUAUGCCUCCGUGUCGUCGUUGCCUCCUUCAUCGCAUCUGGAUUUGCUGCCCCUUCCGCACAACAGGCCAGGCACCUCCUCCUACCAGCACCAUCGCACCGCUGCCAUGAGUGUGAGUACGUGGUUGCGGAGGAAGACCGUGGGCACAGUGACGGUGACAAGCAAACGAUAGCAGAUUGCUUCUGCGCAAAACCAAAAUCACUUCUGUUCAGAUGCAAGGUGGCCCAUAAGAUCAAGGCAAUCAAAGUGAAAUAUGAGAAGAUUGUGAAGCAGGCAAGCAAUGCCAUUAUUGUAAAGAAAGAUUUACAUGUGGAUCGUCCUGUUCCGAGCAGCAACACCAGGACACAUCGAGAGCCCUCCAUCCUAUCUCAUGUUGAGGACUCAAAAAUACCCAAAAGAGAUCAGGAGAAGGAUGAUAUCAUAAGUAAGAUUUUACAAUAUAAUGAAGCUGAGGAUGAUAGAACGGUACUAUCUAUCGUUGGAUUAGGUGGGUCCGGCAAAACUACUUUGGCCAAACACAUUUGCCAUGACUACAAGAUAAAGGAGCACUUCAAAGAAAUGAUAUUCUGGGUCUAUGUGUCUCAAGAUUUUGAUGUCGACAAGCUUAUCGGCAGGCUGUUUGAAACUAUCGUUAGGAAAAAGUCUAAUCUUCAGGUUGAACAGAACAUGCCCCGUGAAAUUUCAAACAAGUUAGGUGGUAAGAAGUUUCUUCUUGUCCUGGAUGAUGCGUGGCAUCGGGCCAAGCGUGGCUGGGAACAAUUCAUGGUGAACCUAAAGAGUGGCGCACCUGGAAGCAAGAUUUUGCUAACUACUCGUGAUCUGAAGGUUGCAGAAAUUGUGAAAUCCAGGCAUAUAUUUGAGCUGGGAAUGUUAUCGGAGGAUGAGAGCUGGAGCUUGUUCCUAAAGAGCUCUGGGUGUGUAGAGGAGGAUUUGGGCUUUCAGUAUAUAGAAGUUGGAAAAGAGAUCCUAAACAGAUGUAGUGGGGUGCCUCUAGCAAUCAGAACACUUGGAGGUAUCCUCUCUGAGAAUAAGGAAAUAAGUAUCCGUUGCAAAGGUCUUGUUACCUUUCCAGAAUCUAUUGGCAAGCUUAGGAAGCUACGAACUCUAGAGCUGAAUUAUGCUGAUGAUCUUGAGAGUUUACCUCAGUCAAUUGGUGAUUGCCAAGACCUUCAAUCCUUGAUUCUGUAUCCCUGUAGAAAAAUCAGAGAGAUACCAGGCACCAUAUGUAAAAUUAAAAACCUGAGGGCCCUUCAUAUAUCUGAGUGUUCAUUUCUGAAACAAUUUCCGUCAGAAUUCACCGGGGUGUUCAGCAACUUGCAGACAAUCAACUUAGCUAAUGCUACACAGUUCCAGGAACUGCCAAGCACAUUGUCCUGUCCACUGUUGUGUACACUUGAUCUUUCUCGUACCAAAGUUACCAUGCUACCUCCAUGGGUUACUACGAUUGGUACUCUAGAGUGUAUAAACCUUGAAUUUUGCUUCAAGCUAGUGGAGCUGCCUAAAGGUAUAGGGAGUUUAAAAAGACUUGCAGUUUUGAACAUAAAGGGUUGCAGCAAACUGCGUUGCGUGCCAUCAGGUAUUGGAAAGUUGACCCGUUUAACACAGUUGGGCUUGUUUGUUGUCGGGUGUGGUAGAGAUGAUGCGAGAAUCUCUGAGCUUGAAAAUCUUGAUAGGCUAAGUGGUAAAUUGGAAAUUAGAAACCUUAAGUAUUUGAAGGAUCCGUGUGAUGCUAAGAAGGCUUGCUUGAAACAGAAGAAUGGCAUAAAGACUCUGGUUUUGGACUGGUCUUUGGAUAAAGAAGAAAAAGAGUUAGCCUCAGAUGUGGAACAGGAGCAGGGUGUGUUGAGUGCUCUUGAACCACCAUCGCAAAUUGAGAGCUUGAAAAUCAAAGGUUACCAAGGUCCCUGUUUGCCACGAUGGUUGAUGGAGCAGAUAGGGCACCUCACCUCCCUUGAAUCUCUUGACUUGGUAUAUUGUGGUGCGCUGGCCGAGCUGCCAGAGGGCAUCGGGCAACUAUCUGCGCUUCGGCGGCUUUUCAUCCAGGGUUGCCCUGCCCUUCAGUGCCUGCCCCAAUCCAUACAACGCUUAACUGCUCUCCAGAGUUUGGUCAUUGCCGAGUGCCGUGCUUUGGCGAGUCGUUAUAAGCAAGGAGUGGGGCCGGAAUGGCACCUUAUCUCUCACAUCCCUUUCGUGCGGAUAUCUUGACCAGAGGAUUAGGAGGCUUACGGCCCAAGACAUGCGCGCGAACGCGGCAGCACCAAACCCCCAUGGUUUGGACAUUUACGGCUGCCCUGCUUUGGCGAGGCGUUACAAGCGAGGAGUGGGGCCAGACCGGCACCUUGUCUCUCGCAUCCCUCAUGACUCAUGAGACGAUAUAUCAUAUAUACAUUAACUGGAUUAGGACUCCUAAUGGCCCAGCGCCUUGCCUUCCAGGACGCGGCAGCAUCAAGCACCUUGGAUCGGAUUGGAUUGGAUUUCAAGGACUAGAAGGAUUCGACUGCUGGUUGGUCCCCUUUGUCUAGAUUACCCAGAAGUGUUCUAGCGAACAAGCUUACCACUGGAUGCUCCUGAGAGGAAGCACAUUAAAUUUUGCUCGUACUCCUGCUCCUGCGCUUCCUGCCCUCUGCUUCAUCAUCCUUGAAUUCAGACGACAAUAAGGUGGAACAUGAAGCCUUCAUGUCGGUGCUUGCAUGAGUCCAGUUUCGUGUGGCAGUGCUGAUUCGCAAGAGAAAAUACCUCCUAAUGUGGUCCUAAUUUUCUGGGCAUAUGCUGAUGGUGUCUCGAUAUAAGCUGUUUUGCUGCCUUAAAGAACACUCUGUUUCUGGGCACCGAUGGACUCUGUCCUCAUCUCAGCCAAUCCAAUGGCGGCGUUCUGUUCGCGGUCGGCGGCCGCUGGCCGGUGCCAAGAGCGACGACGAUGAGUGAGUAGCUGCCAAGAGCGAGGGUCAUGUAUAUAUGAUCAGAAGUUCACGCCCAUCCCGUCGCAUUCCAGUUUGCAAAUUAGCAGCCGCGAUUGGCUCGGUUUCAAACGUUUGGGGCCAUGUUUUGGGUCCUUGUAUGAUGCCAAUGGAUUGAAUUUUUCGUUGGCAGGAGAGUUCCAUGGUGUCUUGUUUGUCAAA